AUGUCUGCAGCAUCCUGUAAAUCAGAAACAAGCAUAUACCGAGACUGUUUGAAGGAUUCAAGGAGAAGUGGGCGAAAAUGCACGAGUCAAGCCAAGACAUUAGAGGCCUGUCGGGAAAAGUGGAGAAAGGAAAACAACGUGGAGCACAAAUUUGAUGGGACCCGCAUCCUUCCCAAUCACAAAUGUCAGCCAUUGAACAAGAAAGUACAACAUUGUCUAAAAUGGAAAAAGGGAAACGAGUCACAAUGUCAGACCGACAUUCAGAAUCUAAAGAACUGCAUGGCGGCCGAGAAAGGAGUACUGGCAGCACCAACAGAGGGAGAUAAGAUAUGGUCAGACUACAAGGGGUCCAAGUAG